AAAAGCAAACACUUGGAAAGCAAGCACAGGACUUUUUGCGGCAGAAUUCCAUAUCAAAAGCCCCACGUCUUCAGCAUCUUAUGGUGUACUACUCCUAUUUAUUAUACUCAUCUCCCUUUAAUUUCCACUUGUAAUCUAAGCUUUAGAAGAAACAUGGAAUCCCCACAUGAAGAAAACCCGCACAGAUCGACCAGAAAAACAAGCAAGAAUGCUAGGAGGUUUACUAAUGAACAAAUAAGAUCACUGGAGACCAUUUUCGAGAUGGAGACUAAGCUUGAGCCAAGAAAGAAACAUGAGGUAGCAAGAGAUCUUGGGCUGCAGCCUCGUCAAGUAGCCAUUUGGUUUCAGAAUAGAAGAGCCAGAUGGAAAUCAAAGCAACUAGAGCAGGAAUACAAAGUGCUCAAAACAAACUAUGAUGGUUUGUGCAUGCAAUUUGAUCACUUGAAGAGGGAAAAACAGUCUUUGCAAAUGCAGAUAUCUAAGAGUAGGGCUUUUCCACAGCUACAGGAGCUGACUGAUCUAGUGAAGAAUCUUGACAACGUUGGGAUAAGUGAUGGAGAUGCUGAGCUGAAAGAAGAUCCCAACAGCUCAAAUGAAGGAAUGGAUCACAACGAUGCUAUGUAUACAGACGAUGAGGAAACAGUUACCAAGUACUUUAAGGAAACGGAAGAGCAAGAACCUCUGAGCUGGGGUACUGAACAAGUAGAGAUCAGUCACUUAGAAUCACCGGAGACAUGGUGCAAUGAUCUUUCCUCAGGCAGCCUAUUCGAUCAGUCGUCCUGCAAGUCGAACUGGUGGGAGAGUCUCAAAAUUUAGGAAUUAGAGAAUGUUAAAAGUUAAAUUUCAUAUAAUUGAAGUAGAAAUACAUGAUGUUAUGCAUUGUUGUUGAGAUUGAUCUGAUUAGAUAUAGUAAAAUAGUUCAUUUGAGCAGCAAGAAUAGUAUAUAUGAUGCAUGUAAAUGGAAGAGCAGUUUCAAAGUAUGUAACAGUUCUCUGUAUUCUCUA